CCAAUCUAGCAUUAUAUUCGUAUCUUGUUACUCUCCGGCCCUAAACUCUCUCUUCCCUUCCGUUGAAAGAAAUGCGGGAAACGGGAGAACAUCGUUCACUACCACCGUUUCUCCGACGGAGGAACACCGAUGUCCCAAUCGACAUCGCAUUCAACAUCCUCACAAGGCUGCCGGUCAAACCACUAAUGAGAUUCAGGUGCGUUUGCAAAUCCUGGGACUCCUCAAUCACCAACCCCAAUUUCAUCUCUACCCACCUUAACAACAACAAAAUCAUCAUCAACAACAACAACAACAACAACAACAUGAACAAAGACGAUGAUGAUGAUCGUGGUUAUCUCUUACACAUGCCCAAUGUAAUUACAAGGACCAUGUAUUCGUCUUCUAGUUCUAGCAACCCAGUCUGUACUGUUGUUUGUGACCGCACUUUCAAUAGGAUUUCUGAGCACCCAAUUCCCUCUGAUCUUCUGAUCAACUUCGCCGAAAUAGUCGGUUCGUUUAAUGGUCUAUUGUGUCUCGCUGAGUAUGGAAAUGGUGCUACUUAUGAGGAAGUUAUAUACUUGUGGAACCCCAGUAUUCGAAAAUUCAAGAGGUUGCCUCGGACUUGGUUUAGCCAAUAUGAUUGGGAUGCUACUGGUUUUGCUUAUCAUUCGGAGAGAGAUGACUACAUGGUUGUAAAGAUUUAUUCUCCAUCGUCGAACAGAAUUAAAAGGCCUGAGGUUGAGGCUGAGGUUUAUAGUUUGAGCUCGGAUUCGUGGACGAGGGUUGGCAUUUCAUUGAGGCCCAAUGUUGUGGUCUCCAAGGUCAAGGAUUAUUCGUCGGCCUCGUUUGUUAAUGGGGCUUUGCAUUGGUUGGUGUCUGUUAGUGAAGGUGAAGUGGAAUUUCAAAAUAGGAAAACGAUUUUGUCAUUUGAUGUGGAUGAUGAUAAAUUCGGUGAGAUUGCACUCCCUGGUGGACAUGGACUGAAAACGCUACAUUCGGAGCGCUACAAAGAAAAUCUAGCGGUGUUUAAGGGGAAACUGGCCUUCAUUACAUUUGAAGAUCGUGAAUUUGUUUACUUCAGAGAUAGUAUCGGGUCUUGCCAAUGCGUCAUUUGGGUGAUGGAGGAAUAUGGUGUAUGUGAAUCUUGGAAUAAACAUUUUUCUGUGCGGUUGGGAGAAGUUGAAAGUUUCUUUGGUUGCACCAGGUUUGGUGAACUUCUAGUUCAAAAGGCUUUCGAGUUCAAAUAUGGUGCUAGUGACGUACUGAGGUUGAAUAAUUGUGUGAUUGUUUCACUUGACCCCGAAACUUUACAUGAGAAGGAUCUUGGUGUUCAACAUCUUCCAAAUAUAGCUACUACUUUUGAGGAAAGCCUUGUUAUACUUGAUCGAGCAGACGGGCGGUCUGGAUAGGAAGUGAAAUCAUUAGCUUUCAUAGAAUUUUGUUAUGCAAUCUCUAAUAAUAAUGAGAUCAUUAUCAUGUUUUUACUUUUAGUUAUGUGGUAGGCAUGAAAGUAUUGGUAUGACACCGUGGGUUGGAUUUUAUAGAUGAAGGGUAAUAUCCCUUACUGCUUGUGGCAUGGGGUAUCAAAUACAGGAGAUUUGCUUGGAGUUUGAAUGCUGUUUUGUGCAGAUUUGAUUGGGGUUCAGCAGUUUACCAUCUUUUAUUGCAGAGAAAUAGAACAUUUAUGGAGGUCUGAUCAGCUCUGAAGAAGAGAGAUGGAACAUAUAUGGAGGUAUGAUUAGCUCUGACGAAGGUAUUGUGCAGUCUAUCAAAUGGGAAGUCAAGAUUCAAGACCUGUGCGGUUGCUAGGAGGUUUAAAAACUUUUUUUUUAAUAGAGCUUUAUGUUGUGUUUUCUUGAUAAUGUUUUUGGAUUACAGGUUCUUAAUUCUUAGUUCUGUUUGAACUCCCUUACUCUGUGUUUGUUUAU